AUGAUAACGGAGGUGCUCUCGAGGCCUUCGGGGGCCCGGGCCCCCCCCAGAAACUCUCAGAAGAUUCCUCCAGAGAAUGUUGGUGAGGCGGCAAGCAGCAACAGCAGCAGCAGCACUCUGAACAUCAGCAGCAACAACAAGCCCAGAAUCAAGGAUCAUGGGAGGAAGAGAGGUACCCACAGCUGCUGUCCUUCCGCACGAAACCUGUGGCUGCUAAAGCCGCUGCUGCAUCGUGCUCAAGAGGUUUUUACUGCAGUUGAGUCAGAGCUGCAGCAAACUCUGCACGAGCAGCACCACCAUAUCGCUGCUACUGCUGUGCGGGACCUUCAAGCCUUUGCCGACCUCUUGUCAUCGCUCGUUUGUAGCCAGGAGGGCCCGCAAGAAUUGCUUCAAGGAGGAUCAUCAGAGGGACCCUUGCAGCCCCGUUCAGCAGCAACAGCGCCAGCAUCGGGGGUGGAUGCGAGCUUCCUCGCAAAGCUAGCAGCAACUACAGAAACAGCAACAACGGCUGCACCACCAGCAACAGCGUGUGGGUCCUGGGUCUCUCCAACCGUAGUGUGUCCUGGCGCGCAACUCCGUAGACCAGAUGGAAGUCCCAUACAGCAGCACGAGCAGCAGCAUCUGCAGCUGCACGAGCAUGACCAGAAGCAACAGGAGCCUAAGCAGCAGCCUCAUGUGGACCACCUGGGCAAUGCACGCGUCGAAAAAAGGCGAAGGGCCCCUUCUAAGCAGACUCAGGAAACUGCAGAUCAACCCACAGCUGGUGUUGCACUGGCUGUUUUAACACCAGCAACAGCAGAACCACAGCAGAGCAGACGACGACGAGAUAGUCCACGGGACGACGGGACUGUGCCUGCUGCUGCGGCAGCUGGUGCUGCUGCUGUUGAGCCGCCAGCGACUGCCGCUGCACCUGCUGCUGGACGCAUGCAACGGCCAACUGGAGCAACGCCUCAUUCCACGCCGCCGCCUUCCCAAGCAGCAGCAGCACCCCCUCCUCCUCCACCUCCUCCCCCGUUUGCUGCAGUACCGCCUCCACCUCCGCCUCCUCCCGUGGCGUGUUGGGCUGCAACAGGACCACCAGCAACAACAGCGACAGCAGCAGUUGACUCUCGGCAGAUGAAUACCGUUUCUGUCGCAGUACCAGGCCUCUCUUCGGAGGCAUUGGCGGCGUUAAGUUCUCUCAGCGAGAGGGAGCGCGAGGAGACAGUUGAAAUCCUCAAUGCGCUGUCUCUUCCCCCGCUUCUAACGCCAACUCAGCAGCGGCAUGCUGAUGGCCCAGCAGGGCCUCACAAAGGCUCGGAUGGUCUUAUUGCCCCUGCUGACGGGGAUAAGGGGAUUGGCGAAAGAGCAACCCUCAACUCUAGGCUGCAGAAGCGCCAGCAACAAGAAACGCAGUCGGCGGUAUUUAACGGUUCAAGCAAAGGAGGCACUCCCCCCGCUGCAGGGGCACCGUUGGCCUCCGAGAGCGCAGGGGCCAGUACAGGGGGCCUUCCUGGGGUCAUCUCGUGUGUAUCAAGGUCGACGGAGGCGUGCAAGAUCGGCGGUAGCUCCGACGCUGAAGAAGGAGAGAUAUCCGACUACGGCCUUGACAGACCAUCCGUUCCUCCUGCUGCUCUGCAAAACGCUGCUGGAGAUGGAACUGGAGACGGUGUGAGGGAAGAGCAGCAUCAGGAGCAGCAACAGGCAAGAAUAUCUCGGCUUCCAAUAGCAGGCGAAGCUACCUACCGGCGCGAAAGUGGAGGGUGCAGUAAUCCGGCUGACACAGGGGAUUGUGGGGGAUCAUUUUCUGCUGAAACUGUCCCUUCUUCGCCCAGGACGGCUUCGCAAGGCGUGGGGACCCCGGACUCGAGCCUACUGGAUGCGCUGAUCGCGGCGAGGCCCCUUUCUUCAGAGGCGGUGUUAUGCAAUUUGUACAGCUUGAAGAAAUGCGAGGCGUCAAGACCACAGCAGCAACUCCAUCGCAAGCAAAAGAGAAGAACCCAGGAGGCUCAAGAAAGGCACCGCCAAAGGUGGGCGCAGAUACAGCAGAGGAGGGCCCAAGCAGCCGCUAGGAGACAGCAAGUGAAGGGAAAUGAAUUCGGCAGGGAGGAAGACGGAAGCAGCCACUGCACUGGAGAAAAGGCCGCCCGCUUGCCCUUGACCCCUCUAACUCAUUGCUAA